AUGGCGACAGUACGCCGCGUUGUGUGUGUGUUGGCUGCUGCUCUGUGCUGCACGGCCUUGUGCGUGGCUGCUGCUGCUGAGGAGGAGGAGGCUGCGAGGGCGAGGGUGGCUGACUGCGCUAAAGAAGUGUCCAACACGAGGGAGGCGCUGCAACAGGCCCGGGAGGCGUAUGCUAUAAUUGACGACGUAAAAAACGAGGCCUUAAAUGUGGUUGAGAACACCAGGAAAGCAAAAGUGCACACCGAAGCUGCAGUGAAGAUGGCAAAAGAGGCAGUGACAAGUAUUGGCAGUGGAAAGGAGGUGCUGAAUAAGAUUGCCAAGGCGGUGCUUGAUACAGCGCUGCAAACGUUAUUGGGAGAGGGCGAUCUCAAAGCCGCUGCCACGAGUGCACAAACUGCGGGGGCUACUGCCCAAAGUGCCGUGGGAAGUGCUUCAAAAUCUGAAGAGCUACUCCAGAAGGCAAAGGCAUCAGCGAAGAAAGUGCUUGCUCAUGCACAGGCGGCGGGGAAGGUGCCACCAGCUGCAGGGCAUAACGCCGCAGUUACCUUGAGCGGAAUACAUGCGCCAAAAACAGAGCGUGCGACAGAGGCGCAGCAACUCUCCGCGGUGGAAGAAAAUACUGCCAAUAAAAAAGAGGAUGCCGCACUUCUUGCUUCCAGUGCUCUAAAGGCAGUAGAGCAGAUCGGGCAGGCGCUGACGAAUAUCAAUAAGGCCAAAAAUAAUGCGGAACACGCCUCAACGAGUGCAAAGGGUGCGGAGGAUAACGCCACGGCGGCAGAUGGGAAGUUAAGUCGACCUGGGACCGAAGUGGGAAAACUCGCCGUAAACAAAGAGGCUAAGGACCUUGCUGUAAAAGCGCAUGUAAGUGCAGAAGAAGCAGAGACGAACGCUAACCUGGCAACAACGAGUGCUGGCAAUGCAGUAACGAACAUUGUUGCUGCACUGACGGCUGCUGAAGAGAUGAAGAAGCUUGCAGAAAAGGAACGUGACUCCGCUAUGACAACAGUGGACGAGGCUAAUAAAGCGAACAAUGUCGCGGAUGCUGCGCUAGCCAGUGCCAAUGAGGAGUUGCAGAAAUUUAAGACGAAAGUGGAGGAGUCAUUAACAACGCUGGGUGAAACGAAGUCUUCACCUACCGAUAUCGAGUCCAGCGCGCCAGAAGGCACUGCGCACAUGCCAAAGGAACAAACAGGGCAGACAGAGAACUCUGGAGCUGCGGGUGGAUCAACGCGACUGACUGAAUCGAGCACGGCAACCUCUGAUCGUCGAAACAGCCCUAUUGAAGGGAUUUCAUCGACGCAGGAGGGUAUGUCUGCUGCGUUACCGGAUGCGAGCAACGACAGUGUCACAGCAGGCCUAUACGGAAGUGGAGUGACAGAUGGCAGCGACAUCCCUGCGUGGGUGCGUACGCCACUGAUACUGCUGCUUGCCUGCAUGGCCGUGUGGUAA